GGGAAACAGCAUUACCCAUGAUCCUUUGAGGCUAGCGCUUGCGCAAUAUGUUUUCGACGGCCCUGCUGGUAGUUGUGGGAUUGUUGUUGUUUUGACAAUAGACGGCCAAAAGAAAGAAUUGGUGAAGUCGUUUUUAACCCGAGCCUGUCGUAUGAGGUUCCUGAGUGAGCACCUUCUUAUCAUGAAAGCUGACCACCAGGUCGCCAACCCCCCCUCCUUCUGCAGUUGAUGGAUCUGCAGCUGGUCCAGAGAUGACAGACAGCGUCAGGGCCUUCCUCCGCAAUGUUGCGACGGGGAUCAAGGACUCCAUAUUGGGAAUUGGAACAAUCUCCAAGCUAGAUGCUCGGAUACAGCAGAAAAGGGAAGAGCAGCGAAAAAGAAGGGCCAGUGGGGCCUUGGCACAGAGAAGAGCUCAGAAUGAGGAGCGCAAACCAGACAAUGAACCCAAAGUAGCCAGUAGGAUUUUUCAGUGCUGUGCCUGGAAUGGAGGAGUGUUCUGGCUCAGUCUGUUUCUUUUCUACCGUGUGUUUAUCCCAUUGCUGCAAGCUCUCACUGCAAAAAUCAUCGGUGACCCCUCCCUCCAUGGCAGUGUUUGGUCCUGGCUAGAGUUCAUCCUCACCUCUGUCUUCAGCGCUCUUUGGGUCCUCCCCCUGUUUGUCCUCAGCAAAGUAGUUAAUGCCAUCUGGUUCCAGGACAUCGCAGACCUAGCAUUUGAAGUCUCUGGGUGUAAGGCUCAGCCGUUCCCCAGCGUCAGUAAGAUCAUCGCAGACAUGCUCUUUAACCUCCUCCUUCAGGCGCUCUUCCUGAUUCAGGGAAUGAUUGUUAGUCUCUUCCCCAUUGAUGCUAUUGGACAGAUGGUCAGCCUCCUGCACAUGUCCCUGCUGUACUCCCUGUACUGCUUUGAGUAUCGCUGGUUCAACCACGGUAUCGAGAUGCACCAACGACUGUCCAACAUUGAGAGGAACUGGCCAUAUUACUUUGGUUUUGGUUUACCUAUGGCCCUGCUCACUGCUCUACCCUCCUCCUACAUCAUCAGUGGCUGCUUGUUCUCCAUCCUCUUUCCUUUAUUCAUCAUCAGUGCUAACGAGGCUAAGACACCGACCAAGCUGUACCACUUCCAGCUGCGACUCUUCUCCCUGGUUGUGCUGAUCAGUAACAAACUGUUCCAUAAGACGGUCCACCUCCAGUCCUCACUGACCUCCUCCACCUCCUCAGAGAGACUGUCUACUCCUCGCACAUCUCCCUCCCGCCAGAGACUUGUGGCCACACAGUGACGGAUCCAGUGAAGGAGAAAAGGAGUGGCGUCACAAUAAGAGAAGUUAUUCUCCCAGAUGAAGAUGUUUGGAUCUAAGGUUUAGGAUGAAGGCUUGUUAUGUUUUUAUGUAAUUUCUGGCCUUUUAUUUUACAUUUGACACAAAUCGACCUUGCUUCACACUCAAAACAAAAAUGAUGUAUUCAGAUCUAGAUUUUCUUUUUUUUUCUUUAAUUUUUAUUUUUGUAAAAUGUGCCAUUUGAUUUAAUCUCCCAGCACAAUAUAUAUCACACAGUUAUGUCUGGUCAAGCUUUUAACUUAAGGGUUCAUUUUUCUUGUUUACCUUCAAAAGCUAAGAACACUCUUGCUUUGCCCAGAGUACAUUAAUGCUUCAAACUGCAGUCCAUUUCUUUACAAACUCAGUUCAGUUGCUGCUAUCAGACCAGUGAGUAAUAGGAGUUGAUACCAAAUAAAGCUUGUUGUUUGUUGAAGGAAAGUUUGUCUGGUUCCUCCUCUGAAACCCAGAUGUCACUCCACUGACUGAAGGGAUUUUCAGUUUUCAAAGGUGACACCAGCAAAGGCAGAAACGUGUCUGGUGUGUCAGACUGUAGUAGGUGAUCAGUAGGAUAACUGCCACUCUGCAAUGUCUGUGUUUAUUUUCAUUUCAGAACUAACUUAUAAACAGUUACAUAAAGGAACCUCUACCAACCUAGUCAGUUUUCAUUCACUCACCAGAGGAAAAAGGACCUCGAUAUGAAAAAAAAGUGUGCAAUUACUGUACAGGGAGCACAGUGUUUGUGCAGACUGUUUUUGUGUGAGUCUUUUAAAAGUAUUGUGUCUAAUUUCAAUAAAAUUGGUCCAUAAUCCA